AUGGUGUUCCCACAAUAUAGAUACCCAGAUGUAGAAUACUACAAAACAGUAGUUCACAGUUAUUCCACCAAUCGACCAGGAGUUAUCCCUCUUUCAACAACAGCACAUCAUAACUUGUAUACGCAUCACCAUUAUGACAGUUCAUCUGCUAAUCUAGUUACUACUUAUGUGUUUUUAGUAUUGUUUUUAGCGCUAUGCUACAGAUUAAUUGAUAGAAUGUUUUUCCAAGGUAGAUUAAUAAAUACGAUCUUCAAUUUUAAUCUAGAUGGCGAGGAAGACAUGGACUCUACAAUUAUGGCUGAUGCCGAAUAUCUUCAAGAAAACGUAAAUGAUCAUGAAGAAACGGAAACAUGCAGUUCAAAUUGUGAACAGAGUAAUAAAGUUAAAAAAGAAAAACAAGAAUCUUCUAGCGAUUAA